UCCCCGCGGGGCGGAGCGGAGCGCAGCGGGCGGUGCCGGCCGGGCAGCGCGGAGCGGCCAGGCUGGGCUCGCCUGGGCUCGGCACGGCUCCGCCCGGCCCGCCUGGGCUCGCCUGGGCUCGGCACGGCUCCGCCCGGCCCGGCUCGGGCCGCCUGCAUGCGGCGGCGGCGGCGGCGGAGCUGCCGGGAGGGAUGAACGGCUCCUCGGCGGGGCUCCCGGCGGGGAUGAACGGCUCGCUGGGGCUCCCGGCGGGGAUGAACGGCUCGCUGGGAAUGCCGGCACUGCCGAACGGCUCCUCGGCGGCGGCGGCGGGGCUGCUGGCGGGGGCCGGGGGCGCGGCGCUGGAGCUGGAGCGGGCGCUGCGCUGCUGCACCGCCGCCUCCGUGGUGACCGACGGCAGCGGCGCGGCGGCGGACGAGCGCAGCCUGUACAUCAUGCGCGUGGUGCAGAUCGCCGUCAUGUGCGUGCUGGCCCUCACCGUGGUGUUCGGCAUCUUCUUCCUCGGCUGCAACCUGCUCAUCAAGUCCGAGGGCAUGAUCAACUUUCUGGUCAAGGAGCGCCGCCCGUCCAAGGAGGUGGAGGCGGUGGUGGUGGGGCCGUACUGACCGCAGCGCCGAGCUGACCGCAGCCUGACUGCCCGCACUGACCGCCCGCAGCUCCCCGGGACGCGCGGGGUCGGCUCGGAGCUUUUCCUCCUGAAAAACAUCCGGCGGAUGGAUCCCGGGAUGCCGGAGGUCGGGAGAUGCUCGGGGUGGCCGGAGCCGCCCAUCCCGGCCCGUCCCGGCCCGUCCCGGUCCGGUCCCGCCGCCCGCGGCUGCCGAAGUAAAGCGUGCUCUGA